AUAGUACUCGGAGCUAAUCCAAACACCAAACUCAAACAAAUCCAAUCCAAAUCCAAAAAAAAAAGAUUUAAAAACAGAAACUUGUGUCUUGACGAUGAUGAUGGGAUUGGGAGGUGCAAUGGGAACAUUUGGUUCGAGCAUGGCAAGUCUGUUCUUCCUCUGGGCAACAUUUCAGCAAAUGUUCCCUGAUCACCUCAAGAUCGCAAUCAAAGAGUUCCUUUUGUCUACACUCCAACAAGUCUCAUUCGUCCAAAGAUUCUCCGACCACAUCAUUAACUUCUUCUCUCCUUACGUUGUCAUCAGCUUCCCAGAGUACGAAGGGUACUACCAUUUCAACCACGCUUUCGCUGCCAUCGACACUUACCUUGGUGCCAAAGCAAUCGACAAAGCCCAUAAGCUCAAGGCAAGUCAGGUCAAAGAGAGCAAAGGUCUAGUCCUGAAACGUGACGAGGCUAAAGUCAGAGAUGUGUACCAAGGUGUUCAUGUCUGGUGGGAGACUGUGACUAGUACUGAUGGAUAUAGAACUCAGAAGCUCACUUUCCAUAGACGUGGGUUGGAGAUUGUGACCGGAUCUUACAUUAAGCAUGUGGUGGAAGAAGGGAUAUCAAUCGAGGCAAAGAGCAAGAAGACGAAGCUGUUCACGAACAACCCUAGUUCCAACUGGGAUGCUACUAACAAAGGAAGCUUGUGGAGACACAUUGAUUUUGAGCACCCGGCGAGUUUCAAGACUUUGGCUAUGGAUCCUACGAAGAAAGAAGAAGUUCUGAACGAUCUCGAGGCAUUCAGAAACGGGAAAGAUUAUUACAAGAAGAUUGGGAAAGCUUGGAAAAGGGGUUACCUAUUGUAUGGACCACCAGGGACCGGUAAAUCCACAAUGAUCGCGGCUAUGGCGAAUCAUUUGAACUAUAACAUCUACGAUAUCGAACUCACGGCUAUUAAAACUAACUCGGAGUUGAGGAAACUUCUCACCGCGACAUCAAGCAAGUCAAUGAUUGUGAUCGAAGACAUCGAUUGUUCUGUAGACCUAACGGGCAAGAGAAAGAAGGGAGACGGUGACUUGAGAGUCAAGAAAGAAGGUGAACAAAGGAAAGAAGAUCAGGACCAGAGCAGAGUCACGCUCUCUGGGCUUUUGAAUUUCAUUGAUGGUAUAUGGUCGGCUUGUGGUCAGGAGAGGAUUAUUGUUUUCACGACGAAUCAUAUGGAGAAACUAGACCCGGCUUUGAUCAGGAGAGGAAGGAUGGAUAUGCAUAUUGAGUUGUCUUAUUGUAGUUUCGAGGCGUUCAAGGUUUUAGCCAAGAACUACUUGGAUGUUGAUUCUCAUCCUCUGUUUGGUGAAAUUGAGUCUUUGCUCAAGGAUACAAAGAUGGCUCCAGCUGAUGUCGCUGAGAAACUGAUGGCCAAGAAUCAAACAGUAGAUGUUGACGGGUCCCUUACAGACUUGGUUCAGAGUUUGGAGAGGAGGAGGAAGGAACAGAGAGAUCAAGAUGAUGAUGAUCACAAGAAGAAACCUGGUGGCAAGAAACUCGGAAUGUUUCGUGGAUUGUUUUAGGACAACCUCCGACUUUUAUCUAUCUUAUAAUCUUUAUGUAAUAAUAGUCUGAUAGACUCUAUUAUUGUCUUCAGCAUGUUAGUAUGUUACUACCUGAAUUUAUCCUGUCUGAAAGUGAUAAAUGAGCUUUAAGAAAAUUGUGUUUUUGA